UCGCUAAUUUAAUUUUAGCUGUGGAAAUGUUGGUCAUCAGUAAGAAAAUAUGCAGAUACGGUGAAUCACUGCCUGAGACAAUGUUGUCGACUUUCUUUUACUUGUGUAUUGGUGAUGCUGUUUCAUAUCCUGUGGAAAAUAACGUUGGGCAGUGAGCUCGAUCACAGUGUGGUGCUGGAGCUGUUUGUGUCUUUAUCUCUCUCACUGGUUGUCCAACCUAAUGUUGGCUGAAAUCGCUCAUUUUCUUCUAUCUCCGUGGAUGAGGACUAAAAAAAAAAAACAUGGAGAGUUGCAGUCCAAAACAUUCAGGUCUGACUGUUACCUGAAGGCUAUCCUUUCGUAGAAAACAUGGAUUAAAGAAGAAGAGUGUGUGUGAGUGUGAGUGUGUGUGUGAGUGUGAGUGUGUGUGUGUGUGUGUGUGUGUGUGUGUGUGUGUGUGUGUGUGUGUGUGUGUGUGUGUGUGUGUGUGUGUGUGUGUGUGUGUGUGAAGGACAGCUUCUGGAUCAAACCAUGGUGGUGAGGUGGCUGAAGACGUUGCGCUAAAAAACGAACAAAAAAUGAGAGCGUGAAGCUCUGGCUACCACAAAGGCCACUGCUGCAGGCUGGACAGCGCAGCCACAUGAUCACAUGACUCUGGACAUGGACGCGGUCCUGUCAGACUUUGUUCGGUCCACAGGGGCUGAACCUGGUCUGGCACGUGACCUGCUGGAGGGUAAAAACUGGGACCUGAGCGCUGCUCUGAGCGACUACGAGCAGCUGCGGCAGGUCCACACUGCCAACCUGCCGCAGGUAUUUAACGAGGGUCGUUACUACAAGCAGCCGGAGCGCAGUGGCACCCCCCAGCACCUCAACAAGCUGGAGCAAUGCCUGCAAAAGCAAGAAGAGAACACUCAGGAGAAGCGCCUCUCUCGGGGUAUCUCACACGCCAGCUCUGCCAUCAUGUCUCUGGCACGUAUGCACGUGACAGGCGAGUGCACCAGGGAGCAGUUGCCUCUCGAGAUGCCCAUCUACACCUUCCAGCUACCCGACCUGAGUGUGUACAGCGAGGAUUUCCGCAACUUUAUCGAGCGUGACCUCAUUGAGCAAUCCACCAUGGUGGCGUUGGAGCAGGCAGGCCGUCUGAAUUGGUGGUCCACCAUAUGUACAAGCUGUAAAAAGCUCCUGCCGUUAGCAACUACUGGGGAUGGCAACUGCCUGCUCCAUGCUGCUUCCUUAGGAAUGUGGGGCUUCCACGACAGAGAUCUGGUUCUCCGGAAGAGCCUGUAUGCCAUGAUGAAGAACGGGGCAGAAAGAGAGGCUUUGAAGAGGAGGUGGAGAUGGCAGCAGACGCAGCAAAACAAAGAGUCAGGGUUGGUGUACACAGAGGAAGAGUGGGAGAGGGAGUGGAACGAACUGCUGAAGUUGGCCUCCAGCGAGCCUCGAACACAUAUCAGCAAAAAUGGCAACACCAGUGGAGGGGUGGAUAAUUCAGAGGACCCUGUCUAUGAGAGUCUGGAGGAGUUCCAUGUGUUUGUGUUGGCACAUGUGCUGAGGAGGCCCAUCGUGGUGGUGGCUGACACCAUGCUCCGAGACUCUGGGGGAGAAGCUUUUGCACCUAUUCCAUUUGGAGGGCUCUACCUGCCCCUGGAGGUUCCACCCAACCGAUGCCACUGCUCUCCACUGGUGCUGGCAUAUGACCAGGCUCACUUCUCUGCACUGGUUUCUAUGGAGCAGAGAGACCAGCAGAGAGAGCAAGCUGUCAUCCCUUUGACAGACUCUGAGCACAAGCUUUUAGCCCUGCACUUUGCAGUGGACCCUGGCAGAGACUGGGAGUGGGGAAGGGAUGACAACGACAACACCAAACUGGCAAAUCUUAUCCUCUCGUUGGAGGCGAAGCUAAACCUCCUGCACAGUUAUAUGAAUGUAACAUGGAUUCGAAUACCGUCAGAGACACGAGCUCCACUUGCUCAACCGGAGUCGCCCACUGCAUCGGCAGGUGAGGAUGUCCAGUCACUGGCUGAAUCAAUGGACUCGGACCGUGAGUCUGUCUGCAGCAAUUCCAACCUCAACAAUGGCAAGACCAGUAAAGAGAAAGACAAGGACAAGCAGCACAAGGAGAAAGACAAGGCUCGUGCUGACUCAGUAGCCAACAAGCUGGGCAGCUUUAGCAAAACUCUAGGUAUCAAGCUGAAGAAGAACAUGGGUGGCCUGGGUGGUCUGGUACAUGGCAAAAUCAGCAGGUCCACUAUAACUAAUGGUCGUGCUGUAGAGAGCAGUGAACAGAAGCCCAAGAAGAAGGACUCCAAAACACGCAAAGAAAGCAAAGAGGAGUCAGGCCAGUCUACCAGCACAUCGUCCUCAGAGAAAGCAACAAGUCCAUCUCCUACUGACAGAGCUUCAGGUAGCUCCUCUGGAGAAAAACAGGCCAGUUCCGGCAAAAACCCAGAUGAGCGGACUCUGGAUAACUGGAAGUACAGCACAGAUGUCAAGCUGAGUCUGAACAUCCUUCGUGCAGCCAUGCAAGGAGAGCGUAAGUUCAUAUUCGCCGGUCUAUUGCUAACCAGCCACCGGCAUCAGUUUCAUGAAGAGAUGAUCAGCUACUACCUGAGCAGUGCACAGGAGCGCUUCAGCACUGAGCAAGAGCAAAAGAGGAAAGCUGAAGCUGAGAAAAAGCCCCAGACCAACGGCACCCUCAAGAAGCCUGAACAAGAGAGCACAUUCCAGAGAGAGCGCUCGGACAGCUCUCCGCCCGAGAGCUGCUCACCUGUUCUGCAUCCCAGCCAUAUCCAUACACUAAAGGGCCAGGGGAGGAAUAGCCCUACCCUUGCUGCUUCCCCAAUUCCCAUCCCUAAUGCAAACUCGACUUCUGUCCCUUGCUCGUCCAUGUCACCCGUACCCUUCUCCUCCCCUAUUCAAGGUGCUAAGCGACAGGAACCCAUCCCGGUGUCUGCCCACUAUAGCCAUACACCGCCCAUCCAGAGGCACAGCGUCAUCCACCUGCGAGAUAGCAACACACAAUCCUCCAGUUACCAGGACGAACCCUAUAAAAUUCCAGUGGGGACGCUAAAGACCUGUGCCACAUAUCCGCAGCAGAACCGCUCACUGUCUUCUCAGAGCUAUAGUCCAGCACGCAUUCGCGCUGUCCAUGGUGGAGAUUCCCAGCCAUACAGCAUGGCUGGGGAGCACAAAUCCCACACCUACACCAACGGCUUUAAUGCAAGCCAUAUUCGGGACAGUCUGGAGUUUGCUGAUGAAGAACUCACACCCCACUCCUGGCUCAGCCAUGACAAAUCCAAGAUCCGCAGUGGAACCUGCCCCAUGUACUGCUCUCAGCAGAAGCGCUGCAAGAGGGAGAACUGCUCGUUUUAUGGCAGGCCAGAGACAGAGAACUACUGCUCCUAUUGCUACAGAGAGGAGCUGAAACGCAGGGAAAGGGAGGGUAAAGGCCACCGGCCUGGAUAGCCCUGCUCAUACACACACAUGCAGUUUUACACUGGUAUGUGUGUGUGCCAUUAAAAGAGCAGUGACAUCAUUACCCUCUGCAUUAUGCGAGUAAUAGACAAAUACUGGCAUAUCGUUUUCUAAUCUAUUUAAGAAUGAUCUCCUUGUAUUCUUGUUACCUUUCUCUCAAUAGCAAAAUGACACUGCAAUUUACAGCUUUGGCCAGAGAUUGUGCUGUCAUUUUAUUUGUUGGUUUGUCUUUUUUGUCUAAAUUUAAAUUCUUUUACUUGUUCUAGAGUAAAAGCUCAUGUCUGUGCAUUUUGCUCAGUCUGUAAUAUAAAGUUUCUAGUUCUAGCUGAAAGAGCUGUAAAAUCAUAUGUCAGUCUCCUCUGAGCUCUCCAAAAGCUACUGGGUAACUCAUCUGAAUGCAAUACUUUCAAUCAAUAUCUCAAUAGCAAGUAACAUAUUUUUGCUUUGGAAAUAAUUAGAAUGGGAGGAACAACCACUGAUAAACGCGGAAGUUUUUUAAAAAGCAAUAAGUUUGGUAAUGAGCGCAGUCCCUCCCCUUUUUAUCUAUGCAUUCUUAAUGUCAGCCAUAGUGUAUUGUCUUUGUGCAAAAAUGAGUGUGUUUUUAUCUGCCUGAGUGUCAGAAGAUUGUACUGAAAUUUCAUUUGUGGCAAAUCAAAGUGUGCUGCAUGGUGUGUAACAUGCUUUUGAUUGUGCAGCACAUGACUGGACCUUGUGUACAUCGGUUUGCAUUCCAUUUAAACUCUCCCCGGUACCAUCUGAUGCAGUACAGUGCCAUUUAUUCCUAGCUGUGUUUUGCAAUAUAUCGCAUUCUUGGUAGCAAAUGGCUUCUGUAAAAUAAACUACUACUACUUGUGACAAAUUUAUACAAUGCAAGAGUAACAAUAUAAUGGAAUACAAACCUUUAUACACCUCUGUAGUGUAGUGGACUAAACGUGAAAGCAAGUGGAAAUCUGUGAUCUUUGUCAAUGUUGGUUACACAUUGGUGUGUUUUAGGUAAUCGCUGUUGCUCAUCACUUGUUCUGUAACCCACAAGCACACACAUACACACACUCAUGCCAGGCUAUCAACAGGACCACAUGUGUUUGCCCUAAAAAAAUAUGUGCCAAAAAUUGUUAAAUAUUUUAAAUUCUCAGGUAUUGUGUUAAAUGUGUGUAGUAGUGAAAUCCGCAAUUGAAUAACUUUAAACAAAAUUUUAAAUCACACCAGUGUGUUAGAACAAAUUUUGAUUUAAAAAAUCAUUAACAUGUAGAAAUGGCAGGUGACCAUUGAUUUUGGUGAGACAGGGGGACCUUAAUAACCCAUCUCAUCAAACCAGGUGUUAAGUCACAUUGUGGGUGGUGGAAGGUUGGCAUGUUUUCAGAUUCCUGGUUCAAUAAGCCCCAUUUAAAAUUCAAGUUUAUUACUGUAUCAUGUCCAGUUGCAGAGAUACAUCCAUUGCGAGUUUGUUUAUGAGGAGGACUUUAAAUUAAAUUUAAAAUAACAAGAAUAAAUCAACAGAAAGUCUGUUUUUAUAAAAUUUAAAUAAGGAUUCAGUGAUAUAAUAAGAACCUCAGCCUCAUUUUGACACCAUGAUUUCCCCCAAAAAAAGUUUUUAAACUGGAAAAUUCAUGUUUUUCUAUGACAACUGGGUUGUCAAUCAAAUGUUGUUUAAAGUAAGUUAAAACAAAGUUUAGGAUUAAAACAUUCUCAAUUCUGUUGAAGGAAAAUGUUUCUCACCAAAAUUGAAAAAAUUAAUUAUUAAUCCUGAUGAAUUUUAUGAUGGGUCACAUCAUGGGUCAUAAAACCAAGUACAGUUAUAAUGAUUUCUGUUUGUGUCAGGAAUAAAAAAAAACAGGAAAAAAAUCCUAGACAUGAAUCGGGAUCACUAAUGAUAAAGUUGGAACAGACACACCACAGAAGUGAGAUAAACACAACCAUACAACCAGAAUUUAACUACACACACACAAAUCAAGGACAAAUGCGUAAUAGGUGAUGUGAUGAAGGGCAUGUAAAUGUGAGCGUGACACAAAGGGGCUGGUGGUGGUUGUAGUCCUAUACUAAUAAUAGCUCUCCAAAGACACAUUAACAACCUAGCUAAUUCUAUAGAUAACUAUAUAAAAAAAACUGCUGAUUAAACUUGCUAAAUAAAUCGUUUCUAAUCAGGGAUGGACUGAAAACUAUGGACUAAAAGAUGGCAGUGUUCAUUUUGAUAACUUGCUUUCAAAUGAAAUAAACUAUAUAUUUAAAAAAAAUAACUGUUUAAUGUAGUAAUAGAAGUACAAGUGGAACAGCAACAGACAUGGAAGAGGUAAAAUUAUUAACCUGUCCGCUGCUCCACCUCCACUGACAAACAAUGCAUUUCUAAAACAAGCAUGGGGCAGAGUUAGUGUUGCCUCAAUGGGCCUCAGUCCAUGCUUUUUGUAGAUGCCAUUUUGACCACUAAGUGCAAUAAUAACUAUGGAAAACUACAGUAAAUGUCAACCGAGCACAUUGCUCCAAUAUUGCAUCCUGUCAAAAAAAAAAUGGGCAAGUCGAUAAAAUUUGUUUAUAUCUUUUAAAAGCAACAAUUAUUAGUCACUCAAAAGCGGCCGGUCAUAUUACACCAACUAUUGCAACAGAUAUAUUUGGUUGGGUUCUGCCACCAUUAUUAAUAAGAGAAGCAAAGGUGUUAUAUAAAUGAUGGAGAAAGCCACAUCAUAGCAGGCACCUUCUAACUCUAAAACUUAACUUGCUAGGAAGGCCUUGAUUCCUCUGCCAUUAAAAGCACUAGAAGACCUGACUGUAUCAUUACUGCUAACCCCUAUGUCUAAACAUGGGCAAAGUAAAAUCCUCACCUAGGGCUUCUCUCUAUCAGACGGGUGAUGAACGCGGGAGCAUUACUCACAGGUUUCUGGUGUGCAUUGUAACAGUGAAUAACCAUGGUCACACUCAAUGUGUCUGUCUCCUGGAUUCUGUGUUUUUUUUUCCUACUGAGUUUUCUUCCUCCUUCCUUCUAUGCCCUCCUCUUCCUUCUUUCUAUGCGACAGAAACAUGGACUUGCACAGUCUUAGAUUUGUAAAAUAUGAUUUUACGUUUAUUUGACAGUUUUACACUAAAUUAUUAAUUUGCACAUUAAGUACUGAUGUAAAGAGAAGGAGGAAACAGGAAAAGAACAUAACAAGAUUAGUUUGUUGUCUGUGCCUUCUUUUUAUUGUAUGCAAGUAUGGUAGAGUGUGUGGGUGUUUAUGUGUAUGUUUUCCUGUGUAUGUGUGUGUCAUUAUAUGCAGUGUCCUGUAAUUUGAGCUAUGACGAGUGGCGGUUUGGGUCAAUACAAGUUCCCAGAUUAGAAUGUCCGCUUGCUCAUAUAAUUGAUCACAUGGAAAGAAAAAAGACUACAGCAGCACAUACCCGGUGCAUUUUGACUCAUAAUCCUGCAGGAUUCCAGUUCAUGUCUGUCAACUACAGUUAAGAAAUGACACUCAGCAGCUGUCUUAGAGGUCACCUGCCUCACAACUGCCCUGUGGCUCAGUAGCUGACAAUAAACUCUUUUCUCCAUGUCAUGCUCUGUGCGUAAAUCCACAUUCCAAACGUGCAUAUGGAAAACAUGGAUGGAUUGGAAUUUAAGACCCAAAGCUAAAUAACACAGUGGAAUAUAGUGUCUUUGUUCUGAAACGCGUCCUUGCUUUUGCACCAGGGCCUCAGUUUGAUUGGGUUUGGUCACUUGUCUCGCAGCCUAAUAUGCUAACUCAGAGUUAGUAGAAGAACCAGAAUAACAGGCUUAUGCACUCACGUUACAAACGCACU